AUGGAUACAGUCCAAAGAAUCGUCAAACAUCCCAUCGAAACCGCCCAGAAGACACUCAACAUGGGUUCCUCCGACACCUCAUUCGCGGCCCACACGGCCAACCAGUUCAGCACAUACGAGAAGGACAGAACAAUGGCAUCCAAGCACGCCGUCUACACGACGAGCAACGGCGUGCCCAUGCCCCAUCCAUACGAGACGCAGCGGUGCGGCGAAAACGGGCCUCUCUUGCUCCAGGACUUCCACUUGAUCGACUUGCUCUCGCACUUCGACAGAGAGCGCAUCCCGGAGCGCGUGGUGCAUGCUAAGGGAGCCGGAGCCCACGGUUUCUUCGAGUGCACGAAUCCCAUUCCGGAGCUCUCCCAGGCCGACAUCUUCUCGACCAAGGGAAAAAGGUGCCCGAUCACCGUCCGCUUCUCGACAGUUGGUGGAGAGUCGGGCUCGCCUGAUCUCCAGCGUGAUCCGAGAGGUUUCUCGGUGAAAUUCCGCACGGAGGAUGGAAACUGGGACAUGGUUGCGAACAAUACGCCCGUGUUCUUUUUGAGAGAUCCCGCGAAGUUUCCUCACUUCAUUCACACGCAGAAGAGAGACCCACAAACCCACUUGAAUCACAACGAUGAUUCAUUUAUGUUCUGGGACUACCUCUCUCAAAAUCCAGAGUCCAUCCAUCAAGUCAUGAUCUUGAUGGGAGACCGCGGCAUUCCCGACGGAUAUCGCUUCAUGCACGGCUACGCUGGGCACACCCUCAAGCUCGUCAACAAGGACGGCGACUGGGUUUACGCCCAGAUCCACAUGAAGUCCCAGCAGGGCACCAAGUUCAUCACACAAGAGGACUCCCUCACCAUGUCCGCCGACUACUCCACGAACGACCUCUUCCAGGCCAUCAAGAAGGGAGACUACCCCAAGUGGACCGUCGAGGUCCAGACGAUGACGCCAAAGGAGGCCGAACAGGCGUGGGAGAACGACAAGAUCAACGUCUUCGACCUGACGCAUGUCUGGCCCCAGGGCAAGUAUCCAUUGAAGAAGAUCGGAGAGUUCACCCUGAACGAGAAUCCCAUCAACUACUUCGCCGAAGUUGAGCAGGUCGCGUUCAAUCCGGCGCAUAUGCCACCUGGCAUUGAGCCCUCAGCCGAUCCCGUGCUGCAGUCGCGUCUGUUCUCAUACCCAGACACUCAUCGCCACCGCAUCGGCGUGAACUACCAACAGCUCCCCGUCAACGCCCCGCGAAAUGGCUUCAACGCUGGCAGCUUCCAGCGCGACGGCCAAAUGGCCUUCUUCAACCAAGGAGCGCGACCGAACUACCUCAGCUCCAUCGACCCCAUCAAGUUCAAGAACCGCACUGUCGAUCUCGACAAGGCCCACGGGCACUUCACCGGUGAGGCCAUUACCUUCCUCUCGGAGAUCCGACCGGAGGAUUUCAACGCGCCUCGCGCGUUGUGGCAGAAGGUCUGGGACGAGCCCGCUCGUGAGCGCUUCAUCAAGAAUGUGACGGGCAAGAUGGAGCUUUGCAAGGACCAGGAGCCCUUGAAGCGGCAGAUUGCCAUCUUCAGAGAGGUCGACCCAGAGAUUGCGCAGAGAAUUGAGAAGAGCACUGGAAUCAAGGGAUAUGAUGGCAUUGCCAACAUGAGGUUCAACGGCACUCACAAUGGGUUCGCCAAGGAUGAGAAGAACAAGUACGCCAACGGUAUCAAUGUGUCGCAGGGGAAGAGUGUGACAGCCAACAACGGGGCCCCGGUAAACGGCACACACAAGAGCGCCAGGUAG